ACUCUGGAUAUUGACUUCAAAUGCCUACCUUUGUAGGGUAAAAAUUUGUUUGCACUGCAGAAGGUAGUGGGACAGAGUUAGCUUGUAAACUGAGCCUUUUACUUUCAGCACAGGGGAAGAUCAAGACAAAGCAACCUCAACUCUGACAUUCCUUUUAUGAAAAAGGAAUCUACAACUGCCAAGGACAACAAUUAAGAGGCCCAUCUUGGUGACAGUUGUCCCCUUAGUCAGUUGCCUCCAGUACCUAAUUCUUAAGGGCAGAAUACUUCCCAAGUUUAAGAAACUUGUGGUUAAUCGUUAAGAAGGGUACAGGGUACAGAUCAUGUUAAAGCAACAGUGGAAGCUUUUUUUUUGUGAGAGUACGCCUGUGCUGAGAAACAACUAGGCUUUGCAUUUAAGGGGACUUUGACAAUGCCAACUGCAGCUGCUUGCAAGAGCCCAGAAUGUGCCACAACAAGAACAAAGAGGCCAGAAAGUCAGCCAACAGUGCUAAACAGCAGCAAAGACGACAAUAGUAUGGAUAUUCCUGACGGAGGGUGGGGAUGGAUGAUUGUACUUAACUUUUUUCUGGUAAAUGUGGCUGUCAUGGGAACACUGAAAAGCUUUGCUAUUUUCUUUGUGGUCUUUCAAGAAGAUGUUGGUGGCUCUUCUGAACACAUCAGUUGGAUUGGCUCUACUAUGUCCGCUCUUCGAUUCCUAGCAGCUCCACUGGUAACCACAGCAUGUGAAAUACUAGGGGAACGGAAGAUAGCACUGAUUGGGUCAUGCCUGGUUGGUGCUGGCUAUCUUAUCAGCACAUUGGCCACUAGCAUCUCCUUCCUUUGUGUGUCUAUGGGAUUUCUAGCAGGACUGGGAUUUGCUAUCUUAUAUCAGAUAGCAGCUGUGAUGAUUGUCAAGUACUUCAAGAAGCGGCUGGCUCUAGCCAAUGCCAUUGGUCGCUCAGGAAUGGGACUGAGUGUUGCGCUAGCACCUCUUGUUCAAUUUCUGAUAGAUGUUUAUGGUUGGCAAGGUUCCCUAGUGAUAUAUGGUGGUUUGAUGUUGAACCUUGUACCUUCUAGCAUGCUACUCCGACCAAUUAAUCUGAAACAAAUGAAAUAUGUAGCUCCAAAAAAUGAAGACAACCAGAAAUGCAUACAUGGUACAUUUCCACAGAACAGCUCAAAUGAAGUAUGUGCUAUGGUGGAAUUCCCUAAUCAAGAAUGCUCAGAUACUAACAAGCUGCAACUGGCUGGAGAAGUCCAACAGGUAGCCCCAGUAAACUACAACUGUUUGGAAGCAACAGAGAAAGAUAACAUGACAAUCAGCUAUCCAAGUAGGAAUGAGAACCAAGCUAAUAGUCCAAGCUAUUUUCCUCCAAGCAAGGGUGGAAAUUCCAAGCCACAGCCUUUUUUCUGCAAGUGGUGUCAUUUAGAUUUUUCGGAGCUGAAAAACCCCUUCUUCUACAUUUUCACAUGGUCUUUUAUGUUCAGCCAGCUAGCCUACUUUAUUCCCACCUUUCACCUUGCAGCCAGAGCCAAAACACUGGGCAUAAACCCAAUGGACUCCGCUUAUAUCAUUUCAGUGGCUGCAAUAAUAGAGACAAUCUGCCUAUUGCUCUCUGGAUGGAUUGCAGAUCAGAACUGGAUCAAGAAGUAUCAUUAUCAUAAGGCAUACCUCAUUCUUUGUGGUAUUACUAACCUGCUGUGCCCCCUGGCCACAACCUUCCCACUACUUAUGGCCUAUUCUGUAACUUUUGCUGUUUUCAGUGGCGGCUACAUGGCUCUGUUGCUUCCUGUGCUGGUAGAUCUCGUAGGUGCCCCUCAAUUCCACACAGCUUUGGGACUUGCCUCAUUCAUUGCUGGAUUUGGAGUCAUCGCUGGGCCUCCCAUUGCAGAAACUGUAGAGACACCCACAUCUGAAAAGUUGCUUUUGGAGAGGAGCUAUGUCUAACAGAGACAAUAAAGGAUCAAGUUUUAGAGCCAACUGACAAAUUACAAAUCUACAAGUCACUGGAACCAAAAGGCAUCCACCCAAGAGUUUUUAAAGAAGUCCAAUGUGAAACUGCUCAACUUAAUUAAAACAUUUGUUUAAAACAUUGGUAUUUUGCCUUUUAGUAGAAUUUUCAAUCGAGAAUAAAUUCAAUUCAGAUAACUUAACACACUUUAAUAUUUAUAAAUAAAUUUAUAUUUAUAAAUAAAUAUUUAUAAAUAAAAAUAACAUACAAAAACCAAUAAAAUAGCGAGAAGCAAAAACAAACCAUUAGAACACUAGAUCAGCAAGUAAGAUUAGAGAUAUACCAACAAUUAAAAGCUCAGGGAAAUAAAGUUGUACUGUCUUGGCACUUAAAAGUUAGCAAAGUAGACCCUGUACAAGUGUCUCUGGGGAGGCACUUCCACAACUGGAGCACCACUACAGAAAUAUUAUGCUCCUAUCAUUACUUCCCUAACCCUUUAAUGUGGGGGCACCUACAGUGCUGCUGCUCUCAAGCAGUGGCCAAGUUCAUAUGGAAGGAGGUGGCUUACCAAAUUGGGAGCAGUCAAUCCAACAUCAGUUUUUAAAGAGAGGUGGAACCUGGAAAUGAGACUUUAACUUAACCUCUGCCCUAGCUUAACUGGCAGAAAGCACUGUUAAAGCUGGAAACGAUAAACAUACAGAACAAGUCUUGCUGAAGGAAAUCAGCAUGGCUUCUGCAAAUGGAAGUGCUUCCUUCAACUUUUAGAAUUAUUUGAGGAUGUCGUCAAACAUGUAGGCGGGGUGAUCAAAACAGACUUUAUGUACUUCCAAAAAGCUUUUGAAAAUGUCCAGCAAAGAGGACAGAUUGUUAGGAUUAAUAUUCAAACAAGAAGUAGUAGAGGGCAGGAGUAUAUGGAUGUUUGAAUAAUGGAAAGAAGCUGUGAAUUUUCUCAAGAACCUGUAAAAAUAUUAGCAUUAAACAUGCUGUUUAACUUAUUUAUAAAUGGGUAUAAAUGGGUAUUUAAGAGAGCGUCUUCUUCGCUAUGAGCCCCACCGCCCAUUGAGGUCACUUGAGGAGGUCCGUCUCUAGUUGCCGCCAACUCAUUUGGUGGCUACACAGAGACGGGCCUUCUCGGCUGCUGCCCAGAGAUUGUGGAAUGCGCUCCCUGCUGAGAUACGAUCCUCUCUCUCUGGCAUUUUUUUUAAAAAACACCUGAAAACACCUCUCUUCAACCAGACUUUUUCAGCUUUUUAAAAGUUGUUUUUAAAUGCUUCUGAUUAUUUAAUUGUUGUUUUACGGUGUUUUUAAUUGUUAAUUAUUGUUUUUAUGCUUUAUAAUUUUUGU